UUGGCCAUAAUAUGAGCCUCCAACGUGGUCUGCUGCCUGCUGUUAUUUUAUGCACCCCCUCUCUCUCUUCACGGGGCGACGUGGAGCAUGGGGGCGUCGAACAACAGCAACUGCCGUGUCGUCUGUCAGAGAAGGAUGGGGUUAAAUAUCCCACCAGGCACGUACGAAGCCCAUCCCGCUCUCUCUGGCUGUGGUACUAGGGGAAUUCGGUACUCGGCAGUCAACCUCUUUCAUCUACCAGCUGCUUUACCUAGGUAGAUACGCUCGCAACUCAUCACUUCCGCAUGUUCGCUACUUAAUCCAUCACACACCUCGCAGACCACCACAAUCCGAGGCUCCCAUACAAGCCCAAGAGCCUUCAAACCAUGGAAGUUAUCAGGUCGAUGCUAGCGUGUAUGUUUGGCCCUCGAAGCAGACAUCAGGGAUACACCGAGAUCUUUAACGAGAAGAUGCCCUUGUACAUGCAUGACGCGUCAUACCAGCCAGACACUAUGGCCUACGGCACCGUGGUUCACUCGAAACCAAGAGCUCGUCCGUCUCGGCCAACAGACGACGAAAUAGCCGAUGAAAUAGUUCGUCUGCUGCGGCAGGCGGAAUGGAAUGGCAACAGGUUGCAGCAGCGUAUAAGGGAUGUUCUGGGCGAGCGGGGCUGGAACCGCAGGACGGUUGAAGUGUGUCUUGACAACAUUAUCGACUGUGUCGAAGACGGCCGCGGAUACAUGGGCAGUGCCAUGCGCUCUGCGCUUGACCGGGUAACCCCUCUCGCGGACGAAGCGUUCUCAUUCCCGCGUCGCCACCCCGAGUCUCUCGAUGGCUUUAUCGCCAUUGUUUCGGUGGGGAUUUUUAUGGAGAUGCAAGGGCCGUGGGUCCUACCAGUCCUUGGGUUUGGAGAGGUUCGGGGGACGGAUUGUUCGUUCAAAAGAGGCUCAGUUGCGUCGUGGUGGACCAGGAAGUAUGCUGAGUAUAUCCCUACCGGCUCCGUCUACGCCUUCCUUCGCCAGCUUGAUAUGGUGGACGACGUGGAGUGAACUUCAGGUAUAACUAGAAGGUUUUGGAGAACGCGCCGGCACCUCCUGGACUUGUUCUAUGCUGCCUCCUGGUCAGGCCUGUGCAUUUCGCUUGGGGCGACGAAGCGCGUAUUCAUGAAUUGACGGCGGGUAGUUGGCUUACUGCCCUGUUGAUGAGACAUGUCUGGCAAUCACCGUCCUUAUACGGAAUAUCCGUCGUUUUAAGAAUCCCAUUUUCCCCAGAUUUUUGGUUC